AUGCCAAACUGCAUCGUAAAAGGGUGCCCUCAUAAAACAGGCCGUAAACUGGAAUACCCCUCGGUAACUCUGCACGGAUUCCCAAACAACAUCCCCGAAAUAAAAAAAUGGCUCCUCAAAACCGGACAAAACUUUGGUGACCUGGACGAGUUUGCGGAGCAAGUUCUGGAGAAAAAGAAAAGUGAUGUUUACUGCAUGUGCUCUGAACAUUUCACCGUAGGCUCCUAUAUUAGGAAAGGCAGCAAGAUUUACCUGAAGAAAGGCGCAGUGCCCUCCAUCUUUGAGCCUUUCGUAGGUUUUCCUACCAUUAGGCGAAGGGAAGACCUUGAUCAGGUCUCUAAUGCAAUCUCUUCAUUAAUCCCCACAGUCAGUCUCACUAAUCGCAGCAGGUAUAUAGACAAGUGCGAAAAAGAGGGAAACAAUCGUGCGUUUGCUGGUUCAAGAUGCUUAAAGAAGGAUAGCAGCACCCAAACUGAGGACAUAUCGAAGACAAAUAAUGGGCAAGUAGCAGUCCGUUUUUCGAUGCUAAACAAUUAUUUACAUCCUUGUGCCCCCUCAAACCCCGUGAACGUACAACCGAUGUUUAAAGAACAGUACGCCCAUGCGUUGCUGGAUCUGAAAUCAAAAGAAGAAAUACUUUUUAAAGAGUCCACCAAGGCACCUUUGCCGGAGUCAUCGUGUGCCACCAAAAAAGUGGAGGCUUCAAUAAAUAUUCAUGAAUCACGAGCAUCAGAGGAGAUCUCCAUACUGGUAGAGAAGAAGGAGGACUUGACCAGUGAUCGGAAAGUCAUUGUUUUUGAGUCCUGUCUAGACCAGCUGUUCUUGAAGCUUUGUAGUGCAGCACAUUGUCUGUGUAAAUCUCCUAUUAAAAUACUGGAGAAGAAAAUGGAUGGGCUGGAGCUGGUAGUAAAUGCUAUUUGUACUAGUGGACAUAAGUUUGAGCUCUGGUCAAACCAGCCGAGGAAGGGAGAUAUGAUAAUGGGAACAGUUCCUCUGUCUGAACCGAUUUUGCUCAGUAGUUCCACUCAGAAAUCUCAGUUUGAUGAGGUCGCAGUUCACUUCUCCAAGGAGGAGUGGGACUCUUUAAAAACAGAAGAGAAGGAGAUUUACUGGGAGGUGAUGAUAGAGAAUUACCAGACCCUCCGCUCUCUAGGACGGAUCAGUGUGAUCCCUCAGAUUGUAUCAAUGAUUGAGCGGGGGGAGGAACCCUAUGUGAUAGGCCCCUCACAUUCUGAGAAGGAAAAUCCAGUAGUCCACAGCAUGGUUGCGCCUGUGCGGGCGGAGCCUCCUCUGACGAGAAGCAGCGGUGUCUCACAGUGUGGUGGUCCUAUCGGAGAUGCACAGAAUGAAAAUGUAGAGAAACGUGAAAUAUCACAGGAGUGUGAAGAAGCCUUCCUGGAGAAAAGGGGACUCCCGGAUUAUGUGAUACCGACUCACAUGGAGGAAUGUCCAGACUGUGGGAAACUCUUCUUAUAUAAAUCCUAUCUCACCAGGCAUCAGAGAACUCACACCGGGGAGAAGCCCUACCCCUGCACGGAGUGCGACAAGUGUUUUACAGACCGCUCCAGCCUGGCGAAGCACCAGAGAACGCACGGGAUAGGGAAGGUCUUCGUCUGCCCGGACUGUGAGAAAUGUUUCGGCUUGAAGUUGGACCUCAUUAAGCACCAAGCAGUCCACAAGGAAGAGUACUCCUUCAUUUGUUCCGUAUGCGGAGAAAGCUUUCUAGACUACUUCGCUCUAGGGCGGCACAAGAGCAGUCACAAAGCAACAUUUCACUUGUGUCCGAUAUGCGGCAAAUGUUUCUCUAAUCCGUCACACCUGCUUAUACACAGGAAAAUCCAUAAAGGAGAACAGCCGUAUUCUUGCACGGAAUGUGGCGAAUGUUUCAAAAACAACUUCGACCUAGUUAAGCAUAAGCAGACUCGUCCGAGCGUCAAGCGAUUUCCAUGUUCGGAAUGUGGGAAAUGCUUCACCCAGACUUCCAGUCUUUAUGCCCAUCGGAGACUUCACUUAGGAGCGAAACCGUACUCCUGUCCUGAAUGCGGGAGGUGUUUCGCUAAGAAAUCCAGCCUGAUUAAGCAUCGGAGGCUACACACCGGAGAGAAACCAUUUUCCUGUUUCGAGUACGGAAAAUGUUUCGCUGUACACUCCAAUCUGGUCAAACACCAGCAGCUUCACACUAGAGAGAAAAGGGUCUUGUAUUCAUAAUGUGGGAAAUGUUUUGGAGGCGACACCAUGUGAGGCAUGGGCGGCAUCACAAGGGACUAGAGACCGUUUUCCUGCUAGGAUUGGGGGAAAUGUUCCGGUGAUAAAUCAUGACUUAUUUGCACAGGCAAAAGACUAAUGUCGUGCCCCAAACGUUGAAUGCAUUUUGCUUCCCAC